GGCUUCAGCACACAGCACACCAAAGCAUCACUGCAUCCACAUCUACAGAAACCAAACAGAAUAAAUCCAUUUAAAAGACACCAAAUCCUGCACAGCACACCGAUUAAGGAAGAGCUCAGGAAUUAAUGGGAACAGUAAAUGUCAGUAAAAGGAAGUGGCAAAGAUCAGAGACACAACCAUGAAAACGAGACUCGGUUGCCUAUCCAACAAAUCUGACUCAUGCAGUGACUUUUCAGAAUUUUUACCACAUGGACCAGAAAGAUCCACACGAUACCUAAAGCUCUCCACAGAUGAAGUGACCAAAUGGGCAGAUUCGUUUGAUAUUCUUCUGUCAAACAAGUAUGGUUUGGCGGCAUUCAGAGCAUUCCUUAAAACAGAGUUCAGUGACGAGAACAUUGACUUCUGGUUGGCUUGUGAGGACUACAAAAAGAUCAAAUCACCUGCAAAGAUGGCGUCAAAAGCCAACAAGAUCUACAGGGAAUUUAUUGAUGUUCAAUCACCAAAAGAGGUUAAUAUAGACUUCAGGACCAAGGAAGAAACCAGACAGAAACUUCUGGAACCAACAUCCUCUAGUCUUAAUGAGAUCCAAGCCAAGGUCUACAGCCUCAUGGAGAAGGACUCCUACCCUAGGUUUCUUCGAUCAAAAAUCUACCGAGAGUUUUUAAACAGGACACAGAUAUACUCUCAGAGGAAGUCGGUUUAAAGAGAAAGCUCUAUGACUUUUUGCUUGUGUGGGUAAAACCAUUAGAUAUAUUAGAGCAGACCAUUAUUGUUACACAUAUUGAGUUUGACUAAAUAUGCAUUGUAGAACUGUGAAGCUUGUUUUCACUUGUAAAGAGUUCUGUGCUGUAUAUACAGUACUGUAUAACCUGUACUGUGCACCCAUGUACUCCUUCCCAGCACUAACACAGAUGAUUUUGUGUUGGUAAAAUCAUGAGGAUUAAAAUUAGACAGAGCUUUAUUUUGUCCAUUGUUUCCCUAGUUUGUUCCACUUUUGAGAAAUCUAGGUUGUUGCUGAUGUCUUACAUAAAAUACAAAUAGACUAUAACAGCACAACACAUUUAAGAACAAAUAUUAACAAGUCUGUGGAUUUAUUGAUUUAAAUCCUAUAUUCCUGGAUUCACUACCCA